GGGAGAGCGGAUAUAGUGAAUGCGGGGUCCGGGGAGAGCGGAUAUAGUGAAUGCGGGGUCCGGGGAGAGCGGAUAUAGUGAAUGCGGGGUCCGGGAGAGCGGAUAUAGUGAAUGCGGGGUCCGGGGAGAGCGGAUAUAGUGAAUGCGCGGUCCGGGGAGACCAGAUAUAGUGAAUGCGGGGUCCGGGGAGAGCAGAUAUAGGAAUGCGGGGUCCGGGGAGACCAGAUAUAGUGAAUGCGGGGUCCGGGGAGACCAGAUAUAGUGAAUGCGGGGU